UCUAUCUCGUUUCUGUUCCGCGAAAGUCAGCGCCAGCAUUUCUGACCUCAGAUCCUUUCAUGAUAUCUUAUCUCACCAUUCCAGCACCUCAAAUGUGACCCGUGAUGCAAGCUCGGCUUUGUGUCCUUUCCUAACAUCAGGCCUCACCCCUACGUUCCACCGCAAAGUGAAGCGAGCGCAUACACUCUGGGUUUGCCUCAUCUUUUCCCAUCCAGAUGCCGUUUGACGCUGAGCCAGUGACCUCGAAUGCGGAUUCUGCUACAUGUAGACUGACGAGCUCGAACCUAGCUAAGGUUCCAGGCCUUCACGAUCGAACACAGGACUAUGUCCACUAUCAAAUGCAUUUCACCGCGCCCAUAGACCAAGCUUUCGAUGUACCGAAUUCGGCGGCACAGAAUGCCAUCAAAAAUGUGGAUAGGCAUACAGAAGAGCAUCGCAAGCGCCUGGAAGAGCGAAGAGCCAGGCGUAGCGAGAGGGCCAACAUUUUGCAGGACGAGAGCAAGACGACCGCUCAACGAAUCCGGGAAGACAAGAAGAGAAGAGCUCGCCUGCAGCAGCAAAGGGAAAAGAAACGCCAGAAUAGCCCUGCGUGGGCAAGCGAGAAUGACAACGGUUCGAAUGCUAAACCCAAAGCUGCGAAGCGCAAGCUUGGUAGCCUGCCACGCUCUGCUCAAGAGAAGUACAAAAACGUGAUAGCCAGCAGGCGCUUGACUUGGCCAAGAUCGGCGUUUUCAACUGCGGUGUGACAACGCCAAAAACAACAACGAGCGAUCGACCGCGCAAGCGCAAAUCUUUGGCAGACAUUGCUUUCAAUGAAGCUCGAUUCUUUGAAGACGCAGAGUAUGCGGCCAAUGCUGGUAUUGGAGACCCGGCUGGAAGACCGCAACCCACGAAUUUCACGGUUGAAAAUAGAGAGAGUGGCUCGGUAGAUGCGAGAUGUUCAUCUGCAGUUCAAUCACGUUAUUUCCAAGGCCAACAGAUCGACU